UGCUACUGAUAUCUACUUGCUCGUUUUCGUCAACUAAAGAGUCCUCCAUGUAACACAUAAGUUUCCAUAAUGUCUUAUUAUAAGUAGUUUAGUAGGGGAUUACAAAUUCAAUCGUAAAUGACGCCCACGAAGACCACAAAAACUGAAGUAGAAAUGGUGAUACGAAACAGGAAAUCUGUUAUGAAAGACGGGAUUAUGACAAUGUCGGGAAUCGGCGAGCCUUCGGUCUUCCACGCGCUAGUCGUGAUUUUCUUGGAAUUCUUCGCGUGGGGCCUGCUCACGAUGCCCAUUAUAUCAGUGCUGAACGCGACCUUUCCGGACCACACUUUCCUCAUGAACGGAUUAAUCAUGGGAAUCAAGGGCAUCCUGUCGUUUCUGUCCGCGCCACUGAUCGGGGCGCUCUCCGACGUGUGGGGCCGCAAGUUCUUCCUGUUGGUGACUGUGUUCUUCACGUGUGUGCCUAUUCCCCUAAUGACAAUUAACACUUGGUGGUUUUUCGCUAUGAUCAGCAUAAGUGGCGUUUUCGCGGUGACAUUUUCGAUCGUGUUCGCGUAUGUGGCCGAUGUGACGACGGAGGCGGAGAGGUCUCGGGCGUACGGCCUCGUAUCGGCCACUUUUGCAGCCAGCAUGGUCAUAUCGCCGGCGCUCGGAGCCUCGUUAAUGGAGCUGUACGGCGAAGCGUUCGUAGUCGCCGCAGCUACAGCCGUGGCCGUGCUAGACGUGUUUUUCAUAAUGGUUGCCGUCCCAGAAAGUCUACCAGAGAAAGUGAGACCUAGUGGCUGGGGGCCAGCUAUCAGUUGGGAGCAAGCCGACCCGUUUGCUGCCUUAAGGAAAGUGGGUGCAGAGCGUACUGUACUAAUGUUGUGUGUGGCUGUGUUCCUAUCUUACUUGCCCGAAGCAGGACAGUAUUCAUGCAUAUUUGUGUAUCUAAAACUAGUUAUGGGCUUUGAUGAAGUGCAAGUGGCAAUAUUUAUAGCUAUCGUAGGAGUGCUCAGUAUUGGUGUUCAAGUUGUUCUCGGAUUCUUGAUGCGGUCACUCGGGGCCAAACAUACCAUAAUGGUCGGACUGCUGUUUGAGAUGUUGCAACUCAUGUGGUAUGGUUUCGGAAGCCGUACCUGGAUGAUGUGGGCUGCGGGAGUGCUGGCUGCGCUCGGCUCCGUUACAUACCCAGCUAUUAGUGCAUAUGUGUCAGUGAACAGUCGAGCAGACCGCCAGGGAGUGGUACAGGGUAUGGUGACGGGCGUCAGAGGACUGUGUAACGGCCUAGGGCCUGCCAUGUUCGGGGUCAUUUUUUACUUAUUCCAAGUAGAUUUGAAUGAGGAGCAUCAGCGACCGGGCCAGGAGAAUGAAAGGAUGAUGCCGGGGCCUCCGUUCGUUUUGGGCGCUCUGUUGGUGAUCUGCGCGCUGCUGGUGGCUGCGUUCCUGCCCGAGGACGGCACCGUGGGCGGGAACCGGCGGCCGUCGCCGGUGGACCUGCGGUUCGAGGUGGAGCACGGGCGGCGCGUGGCGGGCCCGCUGUCCCCGCUCAUGGCGCCCGAGUCUGCCGCCCUCUAGCUAGCGGCGAAGGCCGGCCGCGCGGCCAGCGUGUGACUCUCAGUGCUGUGGUGCGCUGCAGCGCCGCGGUGAUCGCAUUUACAAAGGUACCAAAGCUGUAACUCGAGUGAGUGAAGUGUUUCCUACCAUUUUUGCUAAGACACCGACUACAUUCCUGUGUUUCACAUAGCGUUAUGCUUCAUCGGUAUCCGUGUUUCUAAGCUUUAUAUCUAUUUUUAUAAUACUUUGGAAUCACCUAGGAGGAUAUGUACAUAUUUUGUUAAAAUAAAAAUCAUGGUUAUUGUACAAUUCCUCUUUGUUUCAUGCUCGAGCUGAACAUCACACAAAAAUUAUUCUGUUUUUAUCUUCAAUGUUCGCAUAUUAAACCUUU